ACGACCAUGGAAGAAAUGGACUUCGAGCGGCGCCGGGAGCUGAGGAGGCAAAAGCGGGAGGAGAUGCGCCUGGAAGCCGAACGGAUGGCACGGCUUGAUGAUGAUGAAGAGGAGGCGGCCCGCGAAAGGAGGCGCCGGGCUCGCCAGGAGAGGCUGAGGGGGCGGGAGAGCGAGGAGCAGCCGGAGAGCCUGGUGCUGACCAACAGCCACAGCGUGUCCGUGAGCGUUGGCGGCGGCGGCGGGGGGGGCGACGAGGAGGAGCAGGCCCUGCUGGAGCGCAUGGCCAAGCGGGAGGAGCGGCGGCAGAGGCGCAUGAAGGAGGCCCUGGACCGGCAGAGGCAGCCGGACCCGGCCGAGGACAGCCUGGAGAAGAACAGCACGGAGGAGGAGAGGCCCUCCUGGCGCCGGGGGCGUCACCGCGACAACGAGGACGAGGAGGACAAGAUGGCCGGCUACAGCUCCAGGAGAGAGGAGAAGGAGCCAGAAGAGCCCAGAGAGGAGGAGGAAGAGGAGGAGGCUGCUCCUGAAGGAGGAGAGGACGAGGAGGAGGAGGAGAAAGUUGAAGUGGUGGAGGACAAACUGAGGAGGUCUAACUUGAGAGAACAGGCGUCGGCUGAAGAGCCCGUUACGCAAAACCAGGGCCUCGUCGAAGAGGAAACGCAUUCGGUAGUCAGUGAGAGGUCAAAUCAGGACAAGUCAGCAAAUUCAGAGGCUGAGGGGGACGCGGUAGCGUCAGGAGAGGCUGAAGAGGUACCUGAGGAUGAUUAUGUAGCUAAUUCGACAGAGAACGAGCCUAUGUUACUAGGAAAUUGCACAGAAGAGGACUUUGAGGUAUCUGAGAUACUGCACUCAGAGGAUAAUGAGGUAUCAGACACGCGUCCCGCGUUCCUCACCGCCUCCGUCUGUGUUUGCGUGCGUUUGCAGGAGAGGGGCGGGGCCAGAGAGGACCAGAGGAAGCACAACGGCGGGCUGCACGAGGACGCAGCUCCCAAACAGCACAGGAAACCUGAGAGGACCCUCAGCCGUGGCAGCAUGCGCUCCCCAGAGGCGUCCGCCGGCGACGAGCAGGACGAGGACGCCCGCCUGGAGGCCGAGCGCAAGCUGGAGGAGCUGAAGCGUCGCCGCGACGACGCGGAGAGCGAGGAGUUCGAGCGCAUGAGGCAGAAGCAGCAGGAGGCCGAGGCCGAGCUGGAGGAGCUGAAGAGGAAGCGGGAGGAGAGGAGGAAGGUGCUGGAGGAGGAGGAGAGGCAGAAGAAGCGGGAGGACGCGGAGAGAAAAGCCCGAGAGGAGGAGGAGAAGAGGAAGAUGAAGGAGGAGAUCGAAAGGAGGAGAGCAGAGGCGGCCGAGAAGAGGCAGAAGGUGGACGACACCGUGGACGGGGAGGACAAACCCUUCAAGUGUGUCAGCCCCAGAGGCUCCAGUCUGAAGGCGAGUCCACCUUCCCGACCUCUCACCUCCAACCCCCCGUCCAACUUCGUUUGUCUCCCUGCCAAGCUUUCCAUCUCUGAAAGACAAGAGUUUUCCCGCUCUGAGACAAUUGGAGAAAGAGCGGAGUUUCUGAACAAGUCGGCACAGAAAAGCGCGGUGAAGGCGUCUCACUCUCCCGUGGUGUCCAAGAUAGACAACCGGCUGGAGCAGUACACCUCAGCUGCUCAGAGAGAGAACAAGGAGUCCCGAUCCCCCCGCUCCGGAGCGGUGGACCUUCCCCUGGUCACCGACGUCCGAAACAUCAAGAGCAUGUGGGAGAAGGGCAACGUGUUCGGCUCGCCUGGAAGUGCUGGAAGCACAUUCAAGGAAGCAGCUGUGAUAAAAACGGGCGUCGCCGGCCGCAUCAACGACUGGCUGAACAAAACCCCGGAGGGCAGCAAGGGGGCAGGAGGAAGGCCAGCGGACCUGAAGCCCGUCGAUGUCACCAACAAGAGGAGUCUAUGGGAAAACAAAGGCGUCACUCCGACAAAGGUGACAGGCAGAGGAGAGGCCAAAUCAGUCGCCAAUGGAAUGGGACACUAAUGUCUUGAAGAACAAAAAACUGGGGACCACAACAAACCGAGACUCUUUCUUUUGACUUUUUUUCUUAAAAACCAGACGGGCCCGAGACGGCAGAGCUGACCGGACUGUUGACUGUCCCGAAACGGCUUCAGCAGAUCUUCUAAUGUUGCCAAGUAGUGUGCCUUCAGACAGGGAGCCCUGCUCUCUCAAAGCAAACAAUAAUAAUGCUGUGAAAUUUGGACAUUUGUUUAAAAAAAAAAAGACAAAAAAACCCUCCGGGAAGACGAAGCUGGUCAAAUUUGGAUUUAACGCUCCCUGUCGCGUCAAAGAGGACCAAUUUAAAGUUUCCACAUUCCAAAAAGAUGGUUGAAAUCAGUUCCCUCCUUCUUACAGAUUAUCUUCCAUCUCUUUUUUAUUUUAUUUAUAUUUAAGGCGCAAGCUUCACACGUUGCUAUUUUAUUCAACGUUCACCAGUUCAGGAUAGAAAUAUAAGCACUUGUAGAAUUUAGCUGAUUUCACUUUUAUUACGUCUUAAUAAUAGUGCAGCAAUGGUCUGAGUAAUAAGUUAGCACACGUGAUGUUUUGAAUAUGUCCUAUCAUACUUUAGCAUAUAUAACAGCUGUAUACUCAUAACAAAAGUUCAUUGUACUUGUUUUUUUUUAGUAUCCAAAAGUAUUCACCAACAGGCAGUUCAUUUUGAAGGUGAUAGGAGCGUGGGAUAUUCAGAUGGCAAUCAUGACUUUUAUUAUCCUUUGUCUUUUUAUUUAAGUGUGUUUAUCUUUUUCUGUCCUUUGGAGCUUCAGACAUUCCUCUUUUUAUGCACAAGGUGCCUUUGCUGCUUAAAGCUACCAGUUUUCUAAAGUGAAGAGUGUGUGCAAACGGACCAUCUUUUGUAUUCGGCCUUCACGCUAACUUCAAUUUUUUUGCUUUUGGACACACUCUCAGUUCCUAAAUUGAGGGCAUACAGCGUAAAUCAGGGCGCCUCUGCGUAUAGAAACACAGCAAGGAUAUUUACCACUAUGUAAAGCCUCUGGCCUUAUGAUUGCAAUGAAAUCUAAAAUAACAGUGCAUAAAAAGCUCCGCUUCCACCGUAGGAUUUCACUCCCGUUUCUUUCUGGCGUGUGCGUCGGUAGCUCGUCGAUUAGAAGGCGAACGGUUUGUCAGGGCAUUAAAUUGAUCCGCGUUACUGCUCAUUUCUGACAAUCACAUUCCAUCGCUCCUGAAAAGAGCAGGGGAGCCUGACCAAAAUGUUUUUAAGAGUGAAUUAAUGUGACUGUUUGUCUUUUUUAAUGCAGCGCUUUCAUAAUGCUGUAUUUUGUUGUUUUUUUUUUCUACAAUUGUGUCCAUUUAAUGUUUUUUUUAUUCUUAUUUCUAUGUUUAACCAGGCACUUGUUUGUGUUGCGCUAAGCCUAUGCAAAACACAAUAUAUGUUCUCUUUUGUACUCGAUAAUUUACAAGCGGAGGAAUGUUUUCAACAUUGUACCCUUGACUCAACAACAGAAAUAAAGACAUUGAGGUAUCGCA